CAAGAGAAAAAAUUAAAAACAAAGCAAAUAAAUUUGGAAAUAAAAUAUUGUGGAAAAAACAGUUCAAAAAUAAAUUCUUAUUGGAAUUAUCAUGGAUAUCUCUAACUAGCUAUCUAAUUUGCCAAGCCAAUUAGAUAAUUUGAAAUACUUGUGACAACACAAAAAAAGAAAGUGAAAACAGCAAUUUACCAAGGAAUAAAGUGAAACUGAAAGCAAAAAAACCUCCUCCCCCAUACUACAAAGAGAGAAAAAAAAACAAACCGGGCCCCAACCUUACCCUCCACAACCUCCACCAUUCAUAGAUUGAUUGUUCGCCAGCAAAACAAAAAAAAGUGGUUGCAGAUUUUUAUGAAUGAAAUUGAAGAAUUUCGUUUGGCACAACUUGGACUACUAACUUGCAAACUUUAAGGCAGCAAAAAAGCUUAAAUUUCCCAUUCCUACAAAAAAAAGCAAAAAUUACAUUGUGACGUAGGUACAUGGCAACAAAGCCAGCAAAGCAAAGUAAAAAAUAAAAAAAACAUUGCAGUAAAAUAAAAUUCGUUAUCGAUUUUUUCCGUAAAUCGUAAGCAAAUGAAAUAACAUUGGAACAAACAUUACAAAGAGGAAAAUUAUUGAAAUUUAUAAAAAAAUAAUAUUUAAUAAAAAUAAAAACAUUUUUUAAAUGUGUGGAGCAAAAAUAUAAUUUGAAAAAAAAUUGUUUUGCAAACAAGUGUUUUUUCGGGGAAAAUCAAAAAAAGCAGAAAACCAAAACGUGAUCACCCCGCAAUAAUAAUAACAACAACAUUAUCGACUAGCCGAAGGAAGAACCCCAAGCGACCACCACCCUCGUCAUCAUAGCCACUUGCGUAUCGUAAACGGACGCCUACGAUUUCCUUGGCUUUCACCGCAAAAUUCUUCGUGUUCUCAAAUUCAUUUUUUUCAUUUGGGUCUCAAUCUUCUCUGCACGUGCCAUUCAUAUCCAGGUGGCGUAGCCCCUGGAACCCCAUCAGCGGCCAUGAUCAUGGAAGGGCUUGAAACCCUAGUGGCGCCAUCGCAUCACACAUUCCUACUCACCGAAUCAGCUGCUGCGGCGCACUUCAAUGUUUUGAGCUUCGACACAUGCCUCUUUAAGACCUCCGCCCAGUCGAGCCCCUCAACGUCGGGCGCCACAUAUCUCACCACACCAUCUAGUUUUGGCGGCGGCCCCUUGGGCAGCCAAACUCUGCUGCAUUAUAAUCUAUCAACAUCGACCUCAUCCUCAUUGUCACCAACCUCGUUGGCGGAAAGUUCCAGUGCCACGUCAGCGGCAGCGGGCACAACGAGUAUCGUAGCCACAGCAGCAUCACGCCAUCAGAAUUCCCAACGUUUGGGUAGUAUAUCGGUGGCACCUGAAACGCAACAGCAUCAGCACCAGGGCUCACCAAUACAUCAACACAAUCAUCAGCAGCAGCAGCAUCAGCAUCAUAAUAGUCCUUCAAUUGCCAGUGCCGCUGUUACCAUAUCGACAAAUACGAACAGUGGCCGCAGCUCGGCAUCACAUUUGAGUCUAUUGAACACCACGCAACAUAGUCCGGUGGCGUGUGCCAGCGUGGCGGAUAGUGCCGAUAUUAAACACUCCCAAUUGGAGGCUCAGUCGGGUGAUUUGAAUACACCCGUGACCACAUCGAGUGAUAUACCAUCCUUUUUUGGCCCAUCCACCGUUGUCGAACCACCACCCAUAACAGGUUCAAUUGAAUCUGACGAUUUGUCAUUGGAGCCACACCCGGUGGCCGCCAGUCCGGUGUUGUGCAGCCCCCUGAAGGAGGAGCGCAGUACCCCGCCUACAUUAACAAUUGUUAAGGAAGAGACAAGUAAUAAUUGUUGUACCAUGUAUCCCAUAACCACCACCACAAACACCACAAGUGCCGCAACCUUACACAACAAUACAACAACAACACAACAUCAUCAUCAACAGCAACAACUAAGUCAGACACCGGCCACAUCCAGUCAAACACAUACAACACAAAGCAAUACCACAACGCCACACAACCAGCUGCAUCAUCAACACCAUCAUCAGCAACAGCAACAUAAUACACAACACAUGCAUGUGGGCCAACAGUCGCCACAACAUCAUCAACACUAUCAACAACAACAACAACAAAACCAAAUGUAUCACAAUCAAUUACACCAACAACACCUGCAACAGCAACAACAACAACACCAACUGCAUGUGCAACAACACCAACACUAUCAACAGCAACAACACCAACACCAGUUACAACACCACAGCCAUCACCAUCAUCAGCAACAACACCAACACCAUCAUCACUAUCAACAACAGCAGCAACAACAACAACAACAAGACCAACAACAAUCACAGCAUGCAAUUAACAAUAGCUCCUCUAGUAGUAGUAGUAGUGGUAAAAUAUCAUAUCGUGGCAUUUUUACUACCACAGGUAAUAGCGCCGCCAUGAGUGGCCUAAAUGCCGCAUCGGCCGCCGCAGCUGCGGCUGCAGCAGCCGCCGCCGGCUCUGCUGUCAAUGUACAUCAUCAAUCGCAACAACAGCAACACAGCCAACAACAACAACAACAUCAACAAUCCCAGAUGCAUUCACCCUCCCUGGCUGUUUUGCCCGGACCCAUGUCCCCACCUUCGGCCGGUUUGGGUAACAGCUGGAAUCUGCCCAGUCCCGAUAAGGCCCUCUUCCAACCGCCAAUGUUUAGUCUGCUGGGUCCUGGACCCCAAAAUGCCAGCCAAGCCCACUAUGCCAGCCAUCAGCAACAGUCAACCAUUCCCGCCUCAACUCCCUCACCCUCGGCCCAACAUCACAUGCAUGCCGCUGCAGCUGCGGCUGCUGCUGCCGCCGCCUAUGACGAUCGUCAUGUAGAGCUUUUGGGCCUGCAAAUGGAUUGCUCCCCCAUACUCCUCAAGCAAACAGCUCCGCCCAGUUAUGGAAGUGCCGGCACCUUCACCAGCCUGGCUGAUAUGCAGCAGCAGGCCCAAAAUGCCCAUGAUUUGCAGCAGUAUCGCCAGCAAAUGGGUGUGGCCACACCGAAAUAUCAAUGGCUUGAUUCACCGGCAGAAUACUCAACGGGUGGCCAGCAAACGGCCACAUUGGUUCUACCCGGCCCAUCUUCCGCCUCAUCAAGCACGGCCUUGGGUGGCGGCAUUAUACCCAAACAAGAAGCCUAUGCUGAGCCCACACACACGCCCACCCACCACAUGCAAUCGGCCAGCUCAUCUUCGGGUGGACCGGCCGGUACUGGAUCUCAGGCCUCAUUCUCGGUGGUCCAACUGGCCGAAUACAGUCCCUCCACCAGCAAGGGCCAUGAAAUCCUUUCCCAAGUCUAUCAACAGAGUGCCAUGCCACUGAAACUGGUCCCGGUGAAGCCGCGCAAAUAUCCCAACCGUCCCAGCAAGACACCGGUGCAUGAGCGGCCCUAUGCUUGUCCGGUGGAGAACUGUGAUCGCCGUUUUUCCCGCUCCGAUGAACUAACCCGCCACAUACGCAUCCACACCGGGCAAAAACCAUUCCAAUGUCGCAUUUGCAUGCGUUCCUUCAGUCGUUCCGAUCACCUGACCACCCACAUUAGAACGCACACGGGUGAGAAACCAUUCUCUUGUGACAUUUGUGGCAGGAAAUUUGCACGUUCCGAUGAAAAGAAGAGGCAUGCCAAAGUUCAUCUGAAGCAGAGGGUGAAAAAGGAAAAGCUUAGCCAGCAACAGCAGCAGCAACAACAACAACAGCAGCAGCAACAGCAACAAAUGCAGGCCCAGUUGGCCCAGUCGUCGGCAGCCCAGCAGCAUCAUCAACAUCAUUCGCAUCACUCGCAUAUGCUUCAUUCCGCCGAUAUUUCCAUAGUAACAUCCAGUGCUACCAGUUUGUAGG